AUGCCAUAUUCAACUAUUACUAUCAAUAAUCCGCCACCUUAUUUGACGCUAAGCAGCUCGGAACAUUUACCAACUGUGCUAACUGUUGCUGGGAGUGAUUCCAGUGGUGGUGCCGGUAUCGAGGCAGAUAUCAAGACAAUUACUGCUCAUAGAUGUUACGCCCAGACGUGUAUCACGGCGUUGACUGUUCAGACUCCUGUCUCGGUGUUUGAUGUGCAAUUGACUCCGAAGAAGAUCGUCAGUGGUAUUCUCGAGGCCAACCUUAGAGACAUGAAAUGUGACGUUAUUAAGACCGGUAUGCUUACAAUGGAUGCAAUUGCUGCAUUGUAUGAUAGAAUAAAUACUAUUUCUGUCGUAGAAAGACCUUUAUUGGUCGUCGAUCCUGUCCUAGUGGCCACAUCUGGAUCUCCAUUAGCUGGUGAUGAGUUAGUUGCUGAAAUCAAAGAAAAAAUUACUCCUUUUGCAACUAUUUUGACACCAAAUAUUCCGGAGUCAUUCAAAUUAAUUGGUGAAGAACGUACCAUUGAUUCACUAGACGCAUUAUACAAGCUAGCUAUGGACGUUAGAGAUGCUUGUCACUGUACUAACGUCUUAAUUAAAGGUGGUCAUAUUCCAUGGAAUGGACAACACCAAGGUGAUAAUCACCGAUAUAUUACCGAUGUAUUACUUCUUGGCGAAUCUGAUAAGUUCAUUGUCUAUAAAGGCCAUUACUCAGAAACUACGCAUACUCACGGUACUGGUUGCACUUUAGGGUCCGCCAUUGCAUCCAACUUGGCCCGUGGUUAUUCUUUGGCUCAAUCUGUCUAUGGUGGUAUUGAAUAUGUACAGAAUGCAGUUGCUGUCGGUUGCGAAGUAACUAAAGAUAUAGUGAAAGAAAAUGGUCCAAUCAACCAUGUCUACGCUGUCGAGAUACCAUUAGAGAAAAUGCUUACAGAUGAAUGUUUCAGUGCCACUGAAGUGAUUUCACCAAAGAUAGAUAGCGUAAUUCCAAAGGAUAUGCCUUUAAUGAAACAAAAUUUCUCAGAAUAUUUACAAAACCAUCCAAAAGUUAAACCUCAUUGGGAUUCUUAUAUUAAACAUGAUUUCGUUAGACAAAUUGCAAAUGGGACUCUAGCCAAAGAAAAAUUUCAAUAUUUUGUUGAACAAGAUUAUUCUUAUUUGGUUGAUUACGGUAGGGUUCAUUGUAUUGUAGCCUCGAAAAUUCCUACAUUGGAUGAUAUGGAAAAAGAAUUGAUGAUGGUUGCUGGUGUUAGAAACGAGAUGGAUAACCACAAGAAAAGACUUCGUGAAGAAUUUGGAGUCAAGGAUGAUUCAUAUUUUGAACAAAUUACUAGAGGUCCUGCUUUGAAGGCAUAUUCACGUUACUUCAACGAUGUUGCCCUAAGAGGCAACUGGCAAGAAUUGAUCUCUGCUUUGACACCAUGUCUAAUGGGGUAUGGUUAUGCAUUAUACCAUGUUGAAGGCAAUAUCACCACUACUGAUCCAGUAUAUUUGGAUUGGUUAGCUGUUUAUUCUUCUGAAGAAUAUCGUCAUCAUAUGGCUGAAGGUGAAAGAUUGAUGCAACAUGUGUUACAAACAUACCCAUUGGAGAGUCUUGACACUUUGAUUGACAUUUAUGCUGAUGUUUGUGAACUUGAGACGCAGUUUUGGGACGCCGCUUUGAAUUAUACGAGAAACCAAUAA